AUGAAGAUCCUGAUGAUUCACGGAUCUCGCCAAUCGGGGGAACUUUUCCGAGCGAAGCUCCAGGCCCUGGAGAAAAUGAUUCAACGAGCCCUUGGCCCUCAUCAGCCCCGUGGGGCUGACUUUGCUUAUCCGACGGCCCCCUUCUCGCUAGGGUCGCCCGAUGGUACGUCCGAAUUACGGGAGCGACACGGCGCAUGGACCUGGUUUAAAUCUGACGCGAUCGACGAAAUCUAUCCGGGGCUAGGAGGUGGCUUGAACUCCAUCGGGUCUAUUUUGAAGGAUUCCGGGCCGUUCGAUGGGGUCGUCGGCUUCAGCGAGGGUGCCGCUGCGGCCGCAAUGGUUGCGUCGCUUUUGGAAGAAAACAGACAAGACUCAUUUGCCCAAUUGGAAGCGGAGGGUGGACUUCCAUAUCCAGCUUACUUCGCCACCCUGAAUCACCCUCCUCUCAAAUUCGUGGUCAGCAUUUCGGGAUAUGCCGCCUCGCACCCGGCUUACCGGGCCUUCUACAGCCCCUCCAUUCGGACGCCAACGCUGCAUUUCCUGGGUAGUAUGGACAGUGUCGUUGAUGAGAAUGCGUCAAUGAGGUUGUUAGAAAGUUGCCAGGAAGCGGAGGAUGAGAAGAUACCAAUUGUUAUCUGGCAUGCGGGCGGACACAUAGUUCCAAGUGGAAAGCGAGAACUCGCGGCGGUUGCACAUUUCAUCAAGUCUAAAGGCAGCUAG